AUGGCGCUUGAUUUUGUUGCUGGUUGUAUUGGAGGUUGUGCGGGAAUCAUAAUUGGGCAUCCUUUGGACACUUUAAAAGUACACAUACAGUCAGGUAGAGGCAGUGUUUCAAUAUGUACGAAGGAAUUGUUAAAAGGUGGAACUUUAGCAAAUGCUUACCGAGGUGUUGGAGCACCUUUAGGAGGAAUAGCGGCAAUCAAUGCCAUCGUCUUCGGCUCCUAUGGUAACACGAUAAGAGCAAUGCCUAAUCCAGAGUCUCUUGUAGCCCAUGGAUUUGCUGGAGGAGUAGCUGGAAUCCUUCAAAGUAUUGUUUGCACACCUGUUGAGUUAAUUAAAACAAGACAGCAGCUCGCAAAGCCCGGUGAAAUGAUGCCAACUGGUGCUUGGUCUGGAGCCCGUUAUGUAAUACGAACUAGCGGAUACAGGGGCUUAUUCCGAGGAUUUGGCAUAACAGUGCUUCGAGACAGUCCGGGAUUCACCAUGUAUUUUAUAUCUUAUGAAGCAAUGACUCGCGGAAAUCAAGAUGCUAUGAGAGUGUUUAUGGGUGGGGGACUUGCUGGGGCUCUUUCGUGGAUAGUUUCGUACCCUGUUGACGUAAUUAAGUCCAGAUUGCAAGGCGACGUAGUACAAAAGUAUGCUGGUGCAUUCGACUGCUUUACACAAUCAUUACGAACGGAUGGUUGGCGUUGUUUGACCCGUGGUCUUGGACCUGUGCUUUUACGAGCGUUUCUUAGUAAUGGAGCCUGUUUUACUGCUGUAGCAUGGACAGAACGCAUCUGGCAGCAAAUAAUUAAUCCUCCAGUUACCUCUUUUCAUAAAUCUAAAAGCGUCAAAGAUAGCCCGGACUAUGUUUACGAUACGUGA